AAAAAUAAACUAAGACCAGCCCAUCCAUCCAACCAUACCACACGUCUUUUUCUAUUCCGUUGUUUUCUGUCAUUUACUACAAUCGCAAUCAGAAUUAAUAGAUACUGUGGUGUUAAUUUUAUGAAGAAGACCGUACUUUAAUAUAAGUGUAACAAAGAAAUGUAAUUUAGACUCUCAAGAAGAUCUUGGUGUUAACAAAUAUAAAGUGCGCGAUGGCGGGAUCACUGACCGACUUGUCGAGCCUAUUAUGAACUGGAAGCAAUAAAGAAUAGAUAAAGUUCCUAAUGAGUCCUAUUUGAGGGUUUAUUUGGGAGAUGGACACACUGCACGUGGGUCAUGGCCACAGUAAGGGGUCCAGUCGAAGCCAGUCUCCGUCCACGGCAGAUCUGGCGAGGGAUCCUGCAGUGGUGACCGAUGAUGCAGUCAUCAGGUCCAGAGUACAAUCGCCCUCGACUGUACAUCAUGUUGUCAGUGAACCGUCUUCAAGUACGUCAUCGUCGCGACACGGCGAGCGGGCGCACCAUGUCAAGUCCCAUUCUAGGGACUUGGGCAACAGCCCGUUAUCAGCCAACACCACCGGGAAUACUUCUAGAGAGUUGGAAGACUCGCCACAGAAGAAAGUCCUGCCAGGUCUGAUGGCGCCGGGCGACUACCCCAGUGCGGUGUUCAGCCCCAACGUGUCGUAUGCACUCUCUUCAGCCGAUGAGUAUGGAUCGCCCGCUUAUAGAGGUCAGGAUGGGGACUAUUCAAAUCAAGACGAGAGUGACGGAGCGAACGUGACGUCAUCGAAGGCGAUGGCUGCGAUUGCGCACCUCAACACGAAGAUCGAGCGCACCAAGGAUCUUAUACGACUGGAACAGACUAUACGAGAUGACAACGUGAACGAGUACCUAAAGCUAGCGGCGAACGCGGACAAACAGCAGUUGCAGCGCAUCAAGGCGGUGUUCGAGAAGAAGAACCAGAAGAGUGCGCUCUGCAUCGCCCAGUUACAGAAGAAAUUGGAAGGGUACAACAAACGGAUCAAGAGUUGGGAGCAACACGGCACGAGCGGGCAGGCGCACCGCCAGCCCAGGGAGGUGCUGCGGGACAUGGGACAGGGACUCAAGAACGUAGGCGGCAACAUCCGCGACGGUAUCACGGGCCUAGGCGGCAGCGUGAUGGCGGCGCCGCGCGAGUUCGCGCACCUGUUCUCGCGGUCCAACCGGUUCGGAUCCGCGGACAACAUCGCACAGCUCGCCGAGAACACGGGUCCUUGUAUAGAAAAACGACGGGAUACAGCGCCUCCUCACGCGGAACUAAGAGCGAACGCGUCGUCUGAAGGGUCCCGCGCGUCCGAGGCCGGUGAAGCCGCCGCACCGAGGGGCUCCACGUUGCCCCGCGCCGCUACGUCACCGGCGCCCAAGUUCUCGCCCGAAGCAUCGCCCAGUUCUUCUGUUACUAGUGAAGGAGCGCCGUACCCAGCACAGACCGGUUCGAAUAACAUAUCGGAGCCGACGUUUACCCUGAAACCCAUACUGAACGAGCUGCGCGAGCGCCGGGAAGACUACGAGCGGCUAUCCGAGAAGAUAGACGCAUUGAAGAACCUGUCCCAAGAGGUAUCGUUCCUGUCGGCCGCACUACAGGAGGAGCGCUUCAAGACUGAGCGGCUGGAGGAACAAAUCAAUGAUCUCACUGAACUACACCAAAAUGAGGUGGAGAACCUUAAGCAAGCUUUAACGGACGUGGAGGAGAAGGUACAGUACCAGAGCGAGGAGCGGAUACGAGACAUACACGAAGCGCUCGACCUCUGUCAGACUAAAAUCAGCAAGCUAGAGCAAUGGAUGGCGGGCGGCGGCGGGGGCGCGGGCGGGGCGGGCGGCGCGGGCGGCGGCGGGGGCGCGCUGCCGCCGCGGCUACUGCUGGUCAAGCUGCUCAACGUGGCGCUGACGCUGCUGCAGCUCGCCUUGCUGCUUGUUGCUACCAUUGCUGGGGUCGCUAUGCCGUUCUUAAGGACUAGAGUCCGCGUCCUAACAACAAGUCUAGCAGUGAUGCUGGGCGUGAUGGUGCUGAAGCAAUGGCCGGAGGUGACGCAGCUCUCGGAGCAUCUACUGCGGCGCCUCAAGGAGUACCUGCUGGACAAACACACCGACAGGUAUGAAUGCAAGUCGUUAUGUGGUUGAUUUUGUCCGAAUCAACAACGCUAGUGGAAAUUUAGGUGAUAUUGCAAUUUUGUCCAGGGAGACCGCGUUAUACUAUGUACGCCUACCGAGGUAACUACUGCUCAGUUAAACUAACAACACAUAUAACUAAAUAAUUAAAACAUACUAAAUUAAUUGGAAAUAACUAAUUUACUCACAUGGAAUGGGAGCUACUGUUUUUGUUCUCAUCAGGUUGCGCAAGAGUUUAUUUUUUUGUCCAAUCACAGCAGCUGUCAGAUAUUGAACGUCCAAUGGUGUGACACUUACCCAGUUCCUUAUUGGACGAAGAACGAGACGUGUACACUAGCGCCAUUUGUUGAGAAAAAAUACGGUAGGCCCCAUUACUGAGAACGUCGCUGCGUCUGCGCACGCUGCUCAUGAAUAAGAGUCCCGUUUUGACUUGAAACUAGUAGAGCUUGUCUCAAUAACUGCAUGUGAGUAAACAGUUUCUUUUAAUUAAUUUAGUAUGUCUCAAAUAGUUAUUAAAAUAUACUCAUUUAUAGUCAAUUGACUAUAUUAAGGUUAUUUUUUAUGAGAUUAUUAAGAAGGGUUAGAUUAACUAAGCAGUGAGCAGUUAAUACUUAUUGCGCGGUGACGGGAGUUGAUCGAUAAUACAUUUUUAAUGCUUAAUAACUGAUGUUCAAAAAGAAAUUAUUUUCAAUAUAAAAAAAAACCAGAAAUGUCCGGGUGUAAUGUAACAAAUACACCCUGUAUAUGGGACUUAUAACAUACAUAGUGAAAAGUGGAUGUUACAUUUAAUAUAUAGAACUCUGCUUACCUCCUAAAUGAUAAUAGUUCAUUAUUAAGCAAAUACUUACUCAAUGUUAGUAGGCUCUCUAUUAACGUAGAAUAUUGUUUGUAACAUUGAUCAACUCCUGCGCAGCGCCGUGGUUAAGUAUACUUAUUACAGUGAUAUUUCUUUAUUAUUAUUAUUUAAGUGUAUACUGAGGUGAGCGCACACAAUUCUAGAUAUUUAUAGAGUUCUAGACGUUUUUGGUACCUAUCGCCGUAUUCAGAGUCAUUUAAUGAUUACUUAACCUUAGCAAUUAUUUUCGAUACAAAAUCGUUACUAAAGAAUAGUUUAAGUAAUCAUUAAUUGUCUCUGAGUGUGUUAGAAAUGUAACACUAGGAGAAAUCUUCAUCUGAUGAUAGUAGAGAUGAUUUCUCAGAAAAGAACUUGUUUUUCAUUUUUCAAUCCAUAAUUAUAUGAUUAUUAAAAACGUAUAUGUCGUAUCUAGGGAUGUGUGCGAAAACCUUAGUUUAAUUAGUGAUUUUACAUGAACAAACAAACGGGCUGGGCCCUAAGAUAUUGAUGAUUUAUUCUUGCGUUACGUACGCCGCGCCGUACGGCAUGCUAUAGUUAAUUGCUCACAACACUCAGUUCUUUUAUGUACAGUCAAACAGCAUCGUGUUUGCCAAGCUAUUGUGUUGUUUAUGCCUUUGUAAUAAGGGUCAGUUAGUUAGUCUUAUUGAAAGUCUAUCAACGUUUUCAUAGUUUGGCAAACUCGAUGUGUUUCACUUAAAAGUCUGAAAGGUUUAAAAAUCUCGAAUCUGUUAGGUGGAGGAAAUGCUUGAUUGCGUUUGUACAAAUUCGUAGUUAAAUGGGGGAAGGGGGGUUGCCAUCACAAUGUUUAUUAUACGUUGCGGCAUUGGUUCUAAAUAUAUUCAUUAUUUUUUAUAUUGAAUUUAGUCAAAUAUUCGCUAAAGACUACGUUGAAGUAUGGAUCAUUAACUAUUUAUUUUACAUUACAACAAUUAAACUAAUCAAUUCGUACUUUAUUAGUUUCUUUUUUUAAUGAAAAUGACGUUAUUUAUUGAUGAAUUAAAUUAUUUAUGAUUGUCAAAAUGUUCGCUAGUUUAUUUUUUAGUAUAAAUAAUAAACUGUAAAUUAAUUUUAAAUUUGCCUUAUCGACGCAUGAAGAAUGCUUAUUGUAUUACAAUUCAAGUUUUUUACGAGAAUACAUGUUAAGCAAUAAUAAAUAUGGAUUAAUAAAAUAGUAUUUGUCUACAGCUUGGGAAUAGUGUUGGCUAGAGUCGUAAUAGUACAUAUUUAUGGUUCCAAACCAAUUUCUUAAAUGUUGGUCGCAUAUCUCGUAAUACCUUCGUAUUUUAAUGAGAACAUUCCAAAUUAAUUACAUUGUGAAUCUUGAGUGCUGAGUGCGAAUUAUUUUUACGUUAACGUUACCGCGUUUAGCCCUCAGUAUGAGUCUGCUUUAUGUUUAAAGUACUUAAUCGAAACGAUAGCGCUGUCGGUGGUCUUAUUGGUUGGUUUACUCAAUCCAGCCAAUCAGACGCCGAACGCACUCGUUUCGAUUACUUUAAACAUAAAACAAACUCAUUCUAAGCCUCUGAUUGGUUAACUUGGAGCUGACUAAACGUCAUAAACGUAUCCAUUGCGUUCACGUAAAACUAACUCGCACUAGGCAUUCUGGUGAAGUCAGGGAACCGCAAAUAUCUGGCAAUAAAAUACUAUAAGCUCAAAUCUCCUAUUUCUAGUAAAUUCUCUUAUAAUAAUACUGAUCGAUUCCCACCUUUAAAUUAAUAAUGUAGCUUUAAUAUUUACUAUCAUAGUUUAGAUCCUAAAUUAAUCCAGGUUUCCUGACUAGCCUACGAUAACAACUUUAGGAUUAUUAGUUAAUUUCCCAGUAUAGUGAACAAAAACAUUAAUUUCAAUGUACAUUGUAAAUAGUUUUAUUCAAAAUUUGCUAUGUUAUAUAGUGAUAUAACCAAAAUUGUUGAAUAUUGAAUUGUAUGUUGAAUAGGGAAUGAUUUCAGUUGUAUGUCAUUAUAUAUUAUGUUUAUAUAUGCCAUGCCUUAGAUAUGACACCAAUAUAUUGUAUGACAGUCCAAAUGAACCGGAGUUGUAUUUUUCUACCAUUUGUUUUGGUGAUCACUCCGAGUAUGUAUGUUGAAAUAUGUAAAAGUAUUAAUUUCUGUUGCCGGCUAUGGAUUGAAUUAAAUCAUCACAAUUUUAUUCAA